ACACCAGGACCAGGACACCAGCGAAGCAGGACGGGGGGGUUGAUCGAGGACAACAAGCCAACAAAUUGGAUUUGAGUGGUCGCCUCAAAAAUAACAACACGAUGUGAAACCAAAAAAAAAAAGAAGAAGAAGCGUUGAAUCCCAAAACAUUCCCCCGUUGGCGGCAACACUGCACUCCAACGUGGUGCGCUCAAAUGUAAAUGUGUGGGUGUGUUUGUUUGUGUUAGUGGGGUGGGGGUGAGGGCACCGUUGGAGAGAGGGGAGGUUUUGAAAAUGUGUGCGCGGGAAAGGUGUUUGCGAUGAAAAAAGAGGAAAAUUGUUUAAAAUAGUGCACUAGGAAGUGUUUGCCGAAACCCGCCACUUUUGCAAGGGAGGGUAGGGAAGUGUUGCCAGACCAUGGGCACGGCCAACGAUUCCGCCGGUCCGGGCUGGGACUCCCCGGACUAUUUUCGGCUGUUUAGCGAGGGUUCACCGGUGGUCAAUGAGUCGGUACGGCCGGGACGGUCCCCACCCCGGCCGGCCACCAACGCCAGCGCACCUGGCAACACUGCUGCCGCGGGCACGGGCAACGGGUCCUCGGUGGCGGCGGCCACGACCAAUGCCGCGUACCAAAUCUACUACGGUGCCGGUGGUUCCGGGGGGGAUGACCAGUCGGCCGGGGCAGGCCGGAACGGAAGUGAGGGCUACGCGGGGGCGCCGCCACCUGGGGGAAGCAAUUUUAUGCUGCUGCUGGAGGAUUUUGGCGAGUAUUUUUACAACUAUAAUGGCAGUGGACCACCGAACGAUACGCUGCUGGUGGACGCCAGCCCCGGCUUUCCGGUCAACUGUACGCUGGCGAACGCGACCUGCGAGCCGACGGAAGGAGACCACUACAACUACUGGGGCCUGAUCCUGGUGCUCUUCCCGAUCCUGACCCUGUUCGGCAACGUGCUCGUGAUACUGGCCGUGUGCCGCGAACGGACUUUGCAAACCGUCACGAACUACUUCAUAGUGUCGCUGGCACUGGCCGAUCUGCUCGUAGCCGUCGUCGUCAUGCCGUUCGCCGUCUAUGUGCUGGUGAACGGAGCGUGGACGUUGCCAAAUUUCGUUUGUGAUUUCUACAUAGCAAUGGAUGUGAUAUGCUCAACGUCGUCUAUAUUUAAUUUAGUUGCAAUAUCAAUAGACAGAUACAUCGCCGUGACGCAGCCGAUCAAGUACGCGAAGCACAAAAACAGCCGCCGCGUGUGCCUGACGAUCCUGCUCGUGUGGGCGAUCUCGGCCGCGAUCGGGUCGCCGAUCGUGCUAGGACUAAACAAUACGCCCGACCGGGUGCCCGAUCUGUGCGUUUUCUACAAUAGUGAUUUUAUAGUGUACUCGUCGCUGAGUAGUUUUUAUAUACCGUGUAUCAUAAUGGUCUUUUUGUACUGGAAUAUUUUUAAGGCCCUCCGGAAGCGGGCGAAAAAGCAGCGCGCGGCCCGCAAGCCCCACAUAUCGGAGAUUACCGCCGGCGGUAGUCUGAUGGAGAACACGGUGGCGAAGCUCGCGACGGAAACGCACCUGGACGGCAGCACCAAGAGCGGCGGCUCCUGCAAGAUCCUGCCGGACGAGCCGCCCACCAACACGGCGUCCGGCUCGAACGAGGAGGACGACGACAACGCGGGGUCCCCCGACAUUGACGACUGUCAUGUGAUCGUGAACGACAAGUCCACGGAGUUUAUGUUGGCCACGGUCGUGGAAGAAGCUGGAAACGUGGUGGCCCAGAUAACGACGACAACGCAGAUUCCCUCCGACCCGAACGGCAACCACGACUCGGGCUACGCCCCGUCCAGCGUGGGGGACGUGCUGGCGGCGAACGCGACGCCCCCCGGCAGUCCGAACGUGGCCAACGCGGCCACCAUCAUUGUAAAUAAAAACGCAACGCUUAGAAGUAGAAACGGCUCGCCGCGGAAGGAAGCCAGCGUAACGCUAAAACCGCUGUCGUUAGUGCGGUGCGGGGUGCAGCAGGCCUUAACGCUCAACCGGAACGACUCGACGCUAUCAACGAACUCUAACUCGCGGGACGGCACGCUCAAGGACAAGAAGGGCGCCCAGCAGGCGGCGAGCCGGUUUACGAUCUACAAGGUGAACAAGGCGUCCAAGAAGAAGCGCGAAAAGUCCUCGGCGAAAAAGGAGCGGAAAGCGACCAAAACGCUGGCGAUAGUGUUGGGUGUGUUCCUGUUCUGCUGGGUGCCCUUUUUCACGUGCAACAUCAUGGACGCGAUGUGCACCAAGCUGAACAUGGACUGCCAGCCGGGCGUGACGGCCUUCAUCCUGACGACCUGGCUCGGCUACAUGAACAGCUUCGUCAACCCGGUCAUCUACACCAUCUUCAACCCGGAGUUCCGGAAGGCGUUCAAGAAGAUCAUGCACAUCGAGUGAGUACGGCGGAUCGUGCCGGGUGGUGGUGGGGGAAGGGCAGGAGCAGCACCAGCAGGGGGGUUCGAGUUGCGGGAGAUGUCGUCCGGGGGGAUGGU